AUGUCGCUUUCUUCCACGAUUGCCUCUCUCGUACACGAAACCUCAUCCGCAAUAGUCACCGCUACCCCUGAUGCAGUUAUAGGAGUUGACCUCCCUUCUGCUACCAACGACGUGGCCUCGCUUCUUACUACCACCGCGACGGCGAUAGCAGCUGCUGCAACAACGACCAUGCCCGGUCCUGAAGAUGAUCAUGGCGGGGAGGGGGAGUGCCAGCUUGUUGGGCCAUUUGCUUUAAUCGUACAACUCGCGCUAGGUGGACUGGCGCUUCUAUCUCUCGUUUACAAGCGGUGGCGGGAAAGGCCUCAACGACCCGUCAAGAUCUGGUUCUUCGAUGUAUCGAAACAGGUGUUCGGAUCGGUCUUGGUGCACAUCGCGAACGUUUUUAUGUCGAUGCUUACAAGCGGUCGGUUUUCUAUGAAGUUGGAUCCGGUUACCGUGCAGACGGCAGAGAGGUUAUUACGAAGAGAGGACGAAUAUGUCCCGAACCCUUGUUCAUUUUACCUAUUGAAUUUGGCUAUUGAUACUACUAUUGGUAUCCCUAUUCUUAUCAUCCUCCUCCGUGUCUUCACAGGCCUCGUAGCAUAUACUCCUUGGGGAAAGCCGCCAGAGUCAAUCCAGUCUGGCAACUACGGCAGCCCACCUAACGCCUGGUGGUGGUUAAAACAAUCUGUCAUCUACUUCUGUGGCCUGUUUGGCAUGAAGAUCUGCGUUCUCAUUAUAUUCUUGAUAUUACCAUGGAUAUCACGCGUAGGAGAUUGGGCGCUCAGAUGGACCGAAGGCAACGAGCGCGUACAGAUUGUAUUCGUCAUGAUGUUAUUCCCACUUAUCAUGAAUGCGAUACAAUACUACAUUAUCGACAGUUUUAUCAAGUUGAAGGAACCUGGCCACGAAAGUCUUCCAUCGGAAGACGGGGAUAGACAAGAUCCCUUUGACGAUGCGCUUAUCGAAAGUGACGACGAAUCGAUCAGCGGGGAGAGCAAUGAAAGCAUGAAGCUCUCCAACUCUAGGAAUUUCAAGAAGGCAGACAUAAAGGGCCCGGAUAGCGGACGUGAAGAAUACGACCCGGACCUGGAUGGGCAAACUAUAAUAGGAAGCAGCAGGAGUCAAGAAAGAGGAAAACUAUUACCUAAAGAAUUAGUUCCUCAUGAGUAA